CACGUGGUUUGUGAAAGAGAAGAUGGCUGACAAGUUGACAAGGAUUGCCAUUGUCAACAGCGACCGUUGCAAACCAAAGAAAUGCAAGCAAGAGUGCAGGAGGUCCUGCCCUGUUAACAAAAUGGGUAAAUUGUGUAUAGAGGCUACUCCAGCUGAUAAGUUGGCUAAGAUAUCGGAGGAACUCUGCAUUGGUUGUGGUAUAUGCGUAAAGAAAUGUCCAUUUAGUGCAAUAGUCAUUAUUAAUCUACCGAGUAAUCUCGAGAAGGACACGACUCAUCGUUAUUCUGCCAACUCGUUUAAGCUCCACCGUCUCCCCGUCCCUCGUCAGGGGGUAGUCCUCGGUCUAGUGGGUACUAACGGUAUCGGGAAGUCGACGGCACUCAAGAUACUCUCCGGGAAACUCCAACCUAACCUUGGACAGUUCUCAAAUCCUCCCAGUUGGCAGGAGAUACUCACUCACUUUCGUGGCUCGGAGCUACAAAACUACUUCACUAAAAUAGUAGAGUAUGAUUUAAAGGCUUGUAUUAAGCCUCAAUAUGUUGAUCAGAUACCUAAAGCUGUCAAAGGGACUGUUAACGGAAUGCUGGAUAAGAAGAAUGAGAUGGGGGUGCUAGAGUCAGUGUGCGAGCAAUUUGAUCUUGCUGCUGUGAGAGAUCGUAAUAUUGAGGAUCUCAGCGGAGGAGAGCUCCAACGUUUUGCCUGUGCUGUAGUCUGUAUACAGAGAGCUGACAUUUAUAUGUUUGAUGAGCCAUCAAGUUAUCUUGACGUAAAACAAAGAUUAAAGGCAGCUUCAGCCAUUAGACAAUUACUGAAUGAAGACAGGUAUGUGAUAGUAGUAGAACAUGAUUUGAGUGUCUUGGACUAUCUCUCUGAUUUUAUUUGUUGUCUUUACGGAGUCCCUGGAGUCUAUGGAGUAGUGACACUGCCUUCUGGUGUUAGAGAAGGUAUCAACAUAUUUCUUGACGGUUUCAUUCCGUCUGAGAACCUUCGAUUCAGAGAAACUAGUUUAGUAUUUAAAGUCUCGGAGACAGCUGACACUGAAGAGAUUAAAAGAAUGAGACGUUAUUCCUAUCCAAAGAUGUCCAAGAAGUUGGGCUCGUUUGAGCUUGAUGUCCAAUCAGGAGAAUUCACAGACAGCGAGAUCAUCGUAAUGCUGGGAGAGAAUGGGACUGGGAAGACGACUUUUAUUAGAUUAAUGGCGGGACAUCUAGCACCUGACACUGAUGAAACUGUUCCUCAACUAAACAUUUCUUACAAGCCUCAAAAGAUAAGUCCGAAGUUCCCGGGGACCGUUCGCCAGCUCCUUCACAAUAAGAUCAGGGACUCGUACAUCCAUCCCCAGUUCAUUACCGACGUGAUGAAACCGCUUCAGAUUGAGAACAUCAUGGACCAAGAAGUACUCAAUCUCUCGGGAGGAGAGCUACAGAGAGUAGCCAUUACUCUAAGCUUAGGACAACCGGCUGAUGUGUAUCUUAUUGAUGAACCCUCGGCUUAUUUAGACUCUGAGCAGCGUAUCAUUGCUGCUAAAGUUAUCAAGAGGUUUAUUCUUCACGCCAAAAAGACAGCUUUUGUCGUAGAGCAUGAUUUCAUAAUGGCGACAUACCUAGCCGACAGGGUCAUUGUUUUUGAGGGAACUCCGUCCAUUAAAACUCAAGCAAACUCGCCCACGUCGCUCCUUCUUGGGAUGAACCAGUUCCUUCAGGCACUGGAGAUCACCUUUAGGAGAGACAGUGAGAAUUAUCGCCCACGAAUCAACAAAAAGAAUUCAGUCAAAGAUGUAGAGCAGAAGUCAUCAGGGAAAUAUUUCUUUCUAGAAACUUAAUGAGAGAGAGAGUAUCAGCUCAUUCUAUUAUUAUUAUUAUUAUUAUUAUUAUUAUUAUUAAUUUAUCUUGUCUUAAUUAUUUUUAUUGCCACCUCUGGUGGCACCAACAAAUGUAAAAAGAUGAAAUUUACUUUCUUUCAGAUACAUUUUUCCCAUUUCGAUGAUACAAA